GGGGACUCCUCGAACCGCAUCGUGCGGACAGGUUUUGUGCAUGCACACGUAACGUGCAUCUCUGAGUACCGAACGGGUGAUCUGUCGGCAUUGGAUUGAUUAGUUGUUCUUGCGUGCCCCUUCCUUGUGCGGCAUCAUGACAGCGCAAUUUUGGUCGCUGGGUUCUGUUUCGACCAGUUGGAAAAGAAAAACAAGGAUAAUCAAACUGGCGAUUUGUAGACAAGCUGUCUUUGAUGUUAUGCAGUUUAAUGCUCGUGAUCCAUAUUUUGUGGCUGAUCCGAAUACUGUCCCCGCGUUUGGCUGGUUGGAUAACCUCGAUGAUUGCGCGCGAAACCCAUGCCCGUUUCAGGGGAACUCGGAGGAGCAGGUCAAUAAAUUGUUGAGUUCCUUAUCGGUGCCAACUGCUGGGCCAACUGAUCGUGGAGAAGCUUUCUCGUCUCAUUCGGUUGCGUAUUCUCCAGAUGUGGCGCAGUCUCCCGAUGGUGGGCUGCAGUCGAGACUGGGCUCUGUUUCUUUUGAUCCUGGUGUUCAGAAUGAGGAGCAUGAUGAGGAGUUCGCGGCGGUAACGAAGACGGCGUCUGGUUACGGGGACUCGUGGGGCUUCUUCGUGCGGUUCGAACCGCAUCGCGCGGAAGGUGCUUCAGUUGAACCAGGUGUUCGGAAAAAGGAGUUGCAUGAUGAGGAAUUGCAGGGUGUUGGGUUGCAGAAUGAGGAGUUGCUGAAUGAGCAGUUGCAUUAUUCUCAUCAUACAUAUGAUACGGCCUCACGCCCUGAAGUUUGCCACACUUCAGCUUCUGACGGAGACUCAGCUUGCCAUGGAGAGGAUUGGCAGGGGGAUCUUAAGGAUUUCAAGGGCGAGGAGGAGGAUAAUGUUCAUGUUGAAUCCGUGGAGAGUUCUACGGCAGUUGCUGCUGAAGAAGCGUCGCUUGCUUCUCAAUCAAAUGAUGCUGUACUGCACUCAGUUCCUUUGAAUUAUUCUCUGCGCUCUGCUCCUUUGGAUUAUUCUCUGCACUCAGUUCCUUUGGAUUAUUCUCGAGUGCAAAGGGGGGGUGGAGGCCCCGAGGCGCUGCCGCUGGCAUCCUCGAAAACCCACGGAGAGUGCGAAGUUGACCAGCGUAAAGAUAACUGUGCUUCUCCUUCCCGGCUCUGUUCAGAUGAGUUGCAGAGCAAUCGAUCUGAGUGUCAAGCUGCCAGGGACUGGGCCCGUGCCAAUGACGAUGCAGUUGCUCUUUGGCGGGAAUUCGAACGGCUCCCGAAAGAGGAGUUUUGGGCUCGGAUCGAGGCGCUCAAGGCAUACAAACUUCGAAUGGGAAUUGAGAGUCCCGAGGAGGCGCCGAGUCCUGAGGAGGAUGCUGGCCGUGGGAAAGGCCAGAGGCACCGCAGAAACAGGAGGCGGGCAAGGGCGAAGGCUCAGGCAGUUCUAACUGGCUCUUCUAUGUCAAAGUCGGCCCAUCCAUCUACUUGCGAUCCUCCCCAACCUCCGUCCUCUUUUCACGAUUCAGUUUCUUCCGCUCUACCCGCCCCAAGUGUGCCCUUGUUGCCCGAAGGCGACAAGGAGGCGGAGGUGGAUGAGUUGCAUAACAAUCAAUCAGAGUGCGAUGAGGACGCUGAUUCGGAUGCGGCCUUCCACGCAUGGGAUAAAAUGGCCACCCAGCGAGUGAGGGUAAAUUUCUAUUUGAAGAAGGCUGCUCUGCACCGUUUGUGUGAGGCUUUGCACCGUGAUGGGGGGGAGGACGCGGACAUCCAGAGAACCUGUGGGCAGUGUCGGUUGGACAAGAUAAGGAUGCACCGUAUUGCAGGGUGGUGCUUCGGACAUUGGCGGUGCUUGACAUUCUACUCAAGUGGUGCUCAACGGUUGAUGGAACAACGCUUGCAGAGCCACAUUAGGCACCUUCGGGUAACCUUUUGGCCUUAACUGUGACCUUAUGCACCACAGACUUUAUGCACCACAGACUCGUUCCCAAUAGCGUUACGAAGCUAUGUCCAUACCUCUCUUAUUGUAUAUGCGAGUACAACAAAACUAGACGGCCUCCGUGGAUUCUUCGACGGAGGGCGCUCUGUGGAGGGAUGUGCCUCCAUUGACGGCUCUGUAUGGCCGUGGAACACGUUUUGGGUAGCCUCUUUCAUCCAAGCAGCUGACUCAUUUCAUAUUUGCUUGGUUCCGUCUCUUCAUUCAGUCAAUAUUCUUGCAUCUUAUUCCUAUGCCUACGCCUCCGUGGCUCGGCAGUGUGAAGAUAAGAGAUGCUUCUUUCUUUCUUCCUGCAUCCUUUUCCGAUGCCUAUGCCUCCGUGGCUCGGCAGUGUGAUGAUAAGAGAUGCCUUCUCUUGCUACCCUGUGCUCCGUUUGGGAGUCUUAGGGCUCAGCUGUCACAGCUGUCCGCGCCCUGACUCAAACUCAAAAAACCAAGGUUGACGGUUUACCGCCGGCUCCCAGUUCCGGCGCGCGGUUCCGGUUAGUACCCCGUAGAGCUCUUCGUUAUCGAUGAGCUAGAGGAAUUCCGGCGCAGGGUGGAGCUAGUUGGUCGAGCCGGCCAGAAAGGACAAUGUGACGACUUUGGGUCGUUGUUUGCGUUUUUGCUAAGAUUUGAA